AUGGAAAAGGGAAAAGGUAAAGUUUGUGUCACAGGAGGCACAGGGUUCAUUGCUUCAUGGAUCAUCAAGAGACUCCUUGAACAUGGAUAUUCUGUUAAUACCACCAUAAGAUCUCAUCCAGGAGGCAAAAGGGAUGUUAGCUUUCUCACAAAUCUACCAGAUGCAUCUGAAAAGCUACAUUUUUUCAAUGCUGAUCUGAGCGACCCAGAGAGUUUUGGUCCAGCAGUAGAAGGGUGUGUUGGGAUUUUUCACACUGCCACACCAAUUGAUUUUGCAGUGAACGAGCCAGAAGAAGUUGUGACCAAAAGGGCCAUUGAGGGAACAUUAGGCAUUCUGAAAGCAGCUGUGAAAUCAAAGACAGUGAAGAGGGUUGUCUACACUUCUAGUGCUUCCACCGUUUCCUUCACUGGCCCAGAGCCACAAGAUGUGGUUGAUGAAAGUGCUUGGAGUGAUGUUGAUUUGCUUAGGAGUGUGAAGCCAUUUGGUUGGUCUUAUGCAGUUUCAAAGGUGUUGACAGAGAAGGCAGUGUUUGAGUUUGGAGAACAGAAUGGAUUGGAAGUUGUGAGUCUUGUGCCUCCCUUUGUUGUUGGACGUUUCAUCUGUCCCAAGCUUCCUGACUCUGUUGAAAGAGCACUGCUUUUGUUGUUUGGCAAAAAGGAAGAAAUUGGAGUGAUUCGUUACCAUAUGGUUCAUGUGGAUGAUUUGGCUAGAGCACAUAUCUUUCUGCUGGAGCAUCCUAAUCCCAAAGGGAGAUAUAACUGUUCACCCUUCAUUGUACCCAUUGAAGAGAUUGCUGAAAUUAUUUCAACCAAAUACCCAGAAUUUCAAAUACCAUCUGUAGAAGAGGUGAAGGAUAUAAAAGGUGCAAAGUUGCCACAUUUAAACUCGCAGAAACUGGUGGAUGCUGGUUUUGAGUUCAAGUAUAGUGUGGAGGACAUGUUUACUGAUGCAGUUGAAUGCUGCAAACAAAAUGCUUAUCUUUAA